CUUAAUGACGUUCUCCACUAGAUGGCAGUACUGAGCAUGUGUCCUGCUUCACCGCGGUCUCGUUGACUGUUUGCAAUACUCUUCUUUUCUCACAUCUUAUAUCCUCCUUUUUUCUCCUAACAGCGAAUUGUUUCACUUACAUUUGAACUGCCGAAGAGGACAGGAUGGACGAAUAUCAUAACGAGGCUUCGUUCAACGCAGAAGAAGCUGACAAUGUUGUCAAAGAGUGUAUCGAGAAUGUAGUGGGUGGCGACGACUACAACCAAAAUCUGGUGAAUAAAUGGACCUCGGCUAUAGUUGAGCGCUGCCUCACACAGCUGGUCAAACUGGGGAGACAGUACAAGUUCAUUGUCACGUGCGCCCUGAUGCAGAAAACUGGUGCCGGGCUCCACACAGCAAACUCCUGCUACUGGGACACGACCAUGGACGGGAGUUGCACCGUGAGGUGGGAAAGCCGCACCAUGUACUGUGUGGUCAGUGUGUUUGCUGUGGCCAUCGUCUAACGCUGCAACUGAACAAGAGUGGGCUGUGUUGUGUUCCUGCGAACAGUAGGGGGCGUCUAUGUUCCACUUCUGUGACCUUACACCCACAAUGCAGCAACUGUCUUGUUAUUUUUAAAGCAUGCUGCAAAUUUGUCAUUGAAAUGUUUAACAAAAUAUCCGUGCCUGUAUUUGUGAGCAACUCAUCUAAUUAUUAAAAUAAUGAGCAUCUCUAA